GAGAGAGAGAGAGCUGAAGCAGGCAGGUGUGUGUGUGUGUGUGUGUCAGGGCAGAUGAGCUGAGCGUGUACCUGCAGGCUGCUGGAACCUGGAGCGGGCCGCUGCUGAGGAGGGAGGCAGAACACGCCCUGACGGUGAAAAGGUGGACGCGCGCUCUCGGGGCCCCCGAUCACCGCGGAACACACAGAGGCGGAGCUGCGCACCUGAGCACCAGCUCAGCUCCAAUGCACCGCCGCGGGCCCGCAGCUCCACCGGACACCUACCAAAUGAGAUCGACACGAGUUUAUAUCCACAGACGUCGCUUUGCGCCCGGGAGCUGUUUUAUCCGCGCCUGUUGCUCGGAUCACCUGGAGAUCCCGCGGGACUCCGCCAAGAAAUAAAAGAGCAGAGAAGUGAAGUGGCCCGAGCACCAUGAGCAGGAAGACGCGGCGCUGGAUUUUACACUUUUUCCUGUGCCUUGGAGUAGUUUACCUGAAGAUCGGAGGUCUGUCCACGGUGGUUGCGCUGGGAGCGAGCAUCAUCUGCAACAAAAUCCCGGGCCUGGCUCCUCGUCAGAGGACGAUCUGUCAGAGCCGGCCCGACGCCAUCAUCGUGAUUGGAGAGGGGGUUCAGAUGGCCAUCAACGAGUGUCAGUUCCAGUUCCGACACGGACGCUGGAACUGCUCGGCCCUGGGAGAGAGGACCGUGUUCGGAAAAGAGCUCAAAGUGGGCAGUAAGGAGGCCGCGUUCACCUAUGCGAUCAUCGCUGCCGGGGUCGCCCAUGCGGUCACCGCAGCCUGCACCCAGGGUAGUCUGAGCGGCUGCGGCUGUGACAAGGACAAACAGGGUUUCUACAACCAGGAGGAAGGCUGGAAGUGGGGAGGCUGCUCUGCAGACGUCAACUACGGCCUGGAAUUCUCCAAGGUGUUCGUGGACGCGCGGGAAAUUAAGCAGAACGCCAGGACUCUCAUGAAUUUACAUAACAAUGAAGUGGGGCGCAAGGUCCUGGAGAAGACCAUGCGCCUGGAGUGCAAGUGUCAUGGUGUGUCAGGGUCUUGCACCACCAAAACAUGCUGGAUGACGCUCCCUAAGUUCCGUCAGCUGGGAUACGUUCUCAAGGAGAAGUACAACCACGCUUCACACGUGGAGCCGGUGCGAGCUAGCCGCAACAAGCGCCCUACGUUCCUGAAGAUCAAAAAACCACAUUCCUACAGGAAGCCCUUGGACACAGAGCUGGUCUACAUUGAGAGGUCGCCCAACUACUGCGAGGCCGACCAUCUGACUGGCAGCAUGGGGACGCAGGGUCGUCUGUGCAACAAAACGGCCCAGCAACCCAACAGCUGCGACCUGAUGUGCUGCGGCCGCGGACACAACACGCACCAGUACUCGCGUGUUUGGCAGUGCAACUGCAAGUUCCUGUGGUGCUGCUACGUCAGAUGCAACACGUGCAGUGAGCGGACAGAGGUGUACACCUGUAAAUAGAUAUCCUGGACUGCUCGUGUACUUCAGAAUGCCAGUGCAAAUCUGCCACUGAAUUGGACUCAACCGUUGAGCACAGAAAUGUUACGUCUGUUUCCCGUGAUACCAUUUCAUACAUUCUCUGCAGUCCACACUGCUCAGCUCAGAUGCUGAGGAUAUUCUUUUUUUCCUAAACUAAUUAUUUAUUCAGUGAGAAAACUACUGAUCAUUUUUGACAUUUCAUUGUCAGGUGGGGUUGACACAUGGUGUAUAGAUUCCUGACAUUUUAUUGCAAAGUAUAUUCACGUGCACUUAAGAGCAAAACUUUUUCUUUUUUUUUCUUAACACAAUAAUUAAACACUGGAGUAUUCACAACUGAAUGUGACCGACAGAUCUGGGAAGCAGAGGAACACUACACUACUGAUUGAGGACUCAGUUUAUUAAUAUUGUUCUACAUUUGUUUCUUUCCCUCCAGUUUGCUGCUAAUUGUCUGGAAAGUUUGUGACCGAGCAGCAAUUUUGACUUUUCACGCUAAGUUGACACCACUAGAAGCUAACAUGAGCUUCCAGAUGUUACAUUUCCCCAAUGUUGAUGACAGAAUAUAUUUUGUAAGAGAUUAUUUUUAUAUAAUUAUUGUUUUAUUUAUUUUCUCUCCCUGUGUAAAAUAUUUUCCCUUAGCCUUUCUUUAUCUUUUACUGAAACACUGUUCUAAAGAUGUCUCCUCAGAAGAAAAAUAUAAUCAUGUCACACUGAAAUGUGCAGUAUUGUGAUGCAUUUACCGUUUCAGGGAGCGUCACACCUUUUCGUACUAAUGUAACCCCCAUGUUACAUGAACAUGCCUUUCUGUGAGUCUCUCAUUGUACAUUUAAUGUUUUUGAGUUCAAACAUUGUCAUUUGGUGCAUAAUUUGUCAAACAACAAUUUAAUCAUCAGCCUUUUAAACCUGAUGAUUAACAACAACACUGCAAACUGAUUUCAGCUGCAGUUUGCAGGAAAUAAUAUGAUUAAAUAACAGCAGGUUUCUGUCCUAAGCCCCUCCCACCAGAUGAGAACGGACAGACCAGCAUGGUUCACGUGUGAGAGACGACCCAAGGCACUCUAUGACACACAUUAUAUUGCAUUUCUGUAGUUUUCAUUGUAGAGUGGCCGUUGUUACCAACACUGGAAUGGUGACCUUUCCACCAUAGGGUCAUUUACAUGCAGCUGUUAAGUUGAACAGCCACUAGGAGCGUCUUUUCUCUGAACUGUGAUUGGUCAAAAUCACCUGUGGGGCCAGAUUUCAUCUUGCCUACCCCAACUUUAACUUCUCGGUUCUUUCAACACACAGUGGCUACCAUGUGGUAUUAACAUGUGUCCUUGGUGUAGUGUAAAGCUCAUUCUGAUUGAAAUCCGAUUCCCUAAAAACACAUUAUUGUCACAUGUAAAUGGGCUACGAGAAAUCUUCCAGGCUAAAUUUUAGUUACAGUUAGAGUUGAGCUGGGUAUCAAUGAUGUGGCGUCUUGCAUUGCAAUAAAAAAAGCGGAAAAGACAUCCUACUUGCUGAUGGCCAUUAAAUAAAAUAACACAUUUGCUUGGAAUAAAAUGGCAAAUCAAAGAAGGAAACACAAAUACAAGUUAAUUAAUAAUAAUAAUCUAUUAAGAAUAGAUUGUUAAUCAACUACUAAAUGAAUCAGAAAUGAAUUUGGUAACUGACUAAUCAGUUUUUUUUGAUAUAUAAACUCUUUGAUUUCAGCUUCUUGAAUGUGAAUAUGUUCUGGUUUGAGGGGGUUGUCAAUUUGAGCUUUAGGAAACACAGUUUGAUCAAACAACAAAUUGAACCAUAUACUUGAAAAUCAUCAUUAGCUGCAGCCCUGGAUGACACUUGACAGUUUUCAAUACUUGGCUCCACUGACAUUUUCCUGUAAGUAUUUGAUACCCAGCCCUCUCCUAACAAUUAAAUCACCUUCAAAUAAUCUGAGGUAGGGUCUCUAGAGAGCAGUCAGGUGAGUUUAGAUAGAACUGUAAGAUGCCUUCAUCACAGCAAGGCUGCAUGACAUGACUGUAGAAACUAUGCAGUGUAUUGUAUAGGCAGCCCGUGGCAAAUGGAAAGGGAACUUGACGUGUAACCGGAGGUUCGCCGGUUCAAAUCCCCACCCGGCCAAAAAGGGCUGGGGUACCCCUGAGCAACGUACCCAACCCCCAAUGCUCCCCGGCAGCCCACUGCUCCUACUUCUAGGAUGGGUCAAAUGCAGAGGAAUACUUUCCCUAAGGGGGAUUAAUUCAAUUCAUUCACAGUUUGAUUGUUAAUGAGAGGAUUUCAAGUAAAGUGCAGGUCAAUCCCGACUCAGCCUUUAUUGUUGGGUUUUCCUGUAUGCAACUAAUCUAAUAAAAUCAUGUGACUCAA